AUGGCGUUUCAACGACCCCAGGCCGUCUUUGCUCAGCGCGUCCUUCUCCUGGCCCUCCUAACACGUCUCACGAUGGCCAGCCAGGUCAGCAUCCGAAGCAACGUACCCGACAAUGCGCACGACUGCGUCGGCGGGUGCCUCGUCCAAUCCUACUACAAUCUGGGCAAGGCGAUGGCAUGCGGCUCCCCACUUGACAACGACUGUUACUGCGCAACGGCCAGCGCGUCCGUGAGUGUCGCGAGCGCCUUCAUCGACAAAUGCGUCAGCACAGCGUGCGCGGGCGGCGACGCCUCGAAAGACCGGUCGAUCAUGCGGAGCAUAUACGGCGCGUACUGCCUGGGAGCCGGGUACACGCAGCCUGGGAUAUCUUCGUGGGUGCCGGCUGUUGCGACGACGGAUUCGCCCAGUUCUACCCGGGCGGAGGCUUCCAGGCCUUCCGAGACAGGAGGUCCCAACUCGGUGCCGACCCAAACCGAAGAGACCUCGGGAGGUGGCGUAGCCACCAAGUCGCAACCGACAGGAGCAGCAACCGUAACCGUGUUCGCCACCUCGACACCGGAGCCCAAGGACAACAGUGCAGUUAAGAUUGGAGUUGGUGUUGCGGUUCCUGUCGCGGCGCUGCUUGCAUUCGGGCUUGGCUUCUGGCUAUGGAUGAGGCGGCGUCAACGCAACUACAACGCGGGUCCUGGCCACGCGCAGCCACCGAUGCAGCAGAACUACUAUCAGCAGCCGCCGCCACCCCAGCAGCAACCACAGGAUUACCAGAAUUACACCCAGGGCGCUGCCGGAGUAGUCAGGAAGGCGGUGCCAGCGCCGACAGUCUCGCCCGUCUCGCAGUCAAAAGGGGUCACAGGAGGCGACAACCGGCCGCAGGAGCUCAACAGCCAAUUCGCGCCUCCAGCUCCAACCAGUCCUGUCAGCCGGUCCACCACCAUCGCAACUCAAGGACAGUACACCAUGGCGCCGGUAGCCGGGCAUGGGUCCGAAUUUCCAGGCCAGACGCAAACGCAGCACCAGCACCCUGCCUCGGAGCUGAGUUCCUACCCGCCGGGUUACGAUGAUGGGCGAGGCACGCCCAGGUGGGAACUUGCUGGGAAUGCGCGGUAG